UACAGCCCUCCACUUGUAAGAUCUGCUAUAGGACAUGGUUGUGUGGCUAUAGUCGAUGAAAAAUACCUCAAUCUUGACACAGAAUUUGCAGAUCUUAAGAAAAAGAAAAGAAAAAGAAAAAGAAAGGCUAUCGGAACUACAGGCCAAACAUUUGGUCACUGGCAAGGGUAUUGUAAUCUAAAAGCUCAUUGUUAACUGAAAAUGGGUUUUCGAGGCAUUGGCUUUCUGCUCCAGUGUUACCUGAUGUUGGCAGCGGCGAUGUAUUUCGAUCUCGGAGAGCAGGAGGAAAAAUGCAUCAUUGAGGAGAUUCCUGAGGACAUGCUGGUGACUGGUUAUUUCUUGUUGGAGCCAUGGGAUUCGAAGGCGUUCACCCACUCCCCUCACUUUGGCGUCACUGUGACAGUCAGAGAUCCAAACCAUGAGGUUGUGAUGUCCAAACGCUAUGGUAAAUUUGCUAAAUUCACCUUCACAGCUCACGCCUCUGGUCAGCACUACCUUUGCUUCCAAACCAACUCCACAAGGUUUGCAGUCUUUGCUGGGGAGAGGCUGAAGCUACAUUUGGAUGUUCAGAUGGGUGAGCACACAAUAGACCCCAACACUGACAAGACUAAAGACAACAUGGAGACACUGGAGAACAGCCUCAGCCACCUAAUAGAUCAGAUGACGUACAUCGCCAGCCAGCAGGAGUACCAGAGGGAGAAAGAGGAGGUGUUUCGUCAGAUCAGUGAAGACACCAACAGCAAAGUGUUGUGGUGGGCAGUGGUGCAGACCUCGAUUCUGUUAUCAGUUGGUUUUUGGCAGAUGAAACGACUCAAAGACUUCUUCGUUGCCAAGAAGCUGGUCUGAUGAUGACUUAUGACCCGUCAACAGUGUUCACCUUUUUGCAUUGCCCACACCUCUCCCAAUGCUUAGCACUAUUAUAUUGUAACCUGCAACAUGCCCAGAAAUACUACAAAGAUUAAAAACUGUCCAAAUGCCAAAAAGAUGGUUAUACAGAUACAGGAUAUAAGGGUGAAGACCCUGUGUGUAAAAAAUAAAAGUGCAAGGAUGUAAGAGUUGGA